AUGGUCAUCGGUGAGUGGGAGAAUAAUCGUGUCACCCAAUGGAAGAUGGAUGAUACGAAUGGACAAGUGGUAGCUGGUGGUCAUGAUCAAGGAAAUAGAUUGGAUCAAUUAAGUGUACCAACCGAUGUAUUGAUCGACAAAGAGAGUGAUAGUCUCAUUAUUUGUGAUCUAGGGAAUCAACGCGUCGUACAAUGGUCUCGUCGUAGUGGCACAACUCAAGGAAAAAUCCUCACCGACAACAUCGAUUGUUAUGGAUUGGCCAUGGAUGAUCAGAGAUAUCUCUACAUAUCUGACUACACGAAACAUGAAGUAAGACGAUAUCAAAUAGGAGACAAGAAUGGAACUCUUGUGGCUGGUGGCAAUGGUGAAGGUGCUGAUCUCAAUCAACUCAACGCUCCGGGCUACAUCUUUGUCGAUCGACGACAGACUAUCUACGUGUCAGACUACCGCAAUCAUCGUGUGAUGAAAUGGAAGAAAGGUGCAAAAAAAGGAAUUAUCGUUGCUGGAGGUCAAGGCGCAGGAAAUGCUACGACACAAAUAUCGCUUCCUCAAGGUCUGUUUGUCGAUACGUUGGGUACCAUCUAUGUGGCAGACAAGGCGAAUAAUCGAGUGAUGCGAUGGCCUAAAGGAGCGAAACAUGGUACUGUCAUUGCGGGUGGAAAUGGCCAAGGAGCAGGAGCAAAUCAGUUCAACGAUCUCGAAGGUUUGUCCUUCGAUCGACAUGGCAAUAUCUAUGUCGCUGAUGUGAAGAACAAUCGUGUUCAACUUUUUUCAAUCGAAUAAACUCAAAACGAUGGAUUAGUUUUUUCCUUUUCCUUCAAAUAAAACACGUUGAAUUGAUGAAAAGAAUGGUUAUUCUAUUCGCGCGAGACCAAGAACCAUCCUGGUGAAGCCGUGGCGAGUGAGGAUGAGUUUAUAUAAGUAGAUACCAAGCGAUCAUACGAUGCAUUUCGAUAGUUGCUUAAGCUGUCAUCAUCAGACAUGUUCGGGGUGUGGGGUGAGGGUGAGAGUGAGUUUUAUUUUGAACCCUCCGAGAAGGGUUUGAGUGUCUGUCAUCAUCGGUCAACCCACAAGGAGCUGUACAGCAGACUUAAGAGAAAUUCGAUUGCCAGUGCAUCAUCCAUCUCAUGAAUGAUGAUACAUUAUCCAAAGCUGAGCAUGAGGGUGAAAUGAGCUGUUAUAGCCGGUUUUGAAGUGGCUCAAUUUAUGUUGCUGAAAGCAGCUCGUACCAACGACCUUGACCAUCGUCGAGCGGAGUACCACUUGUUUCGUUUUCGCUAUUGUUGAGAGACAUUUUACAAAUCUGAAACAAAAACCAUAUGUUACAGCUAGUCUGUACACUUGAUUAAAUAUAUUGCACACUAGACUAUACUACAGAAAACAAAAAGAAGAAAAUUUUAUUUGAUUCAAAUAAUUCAGUUAAUAAAAGUAGAUAGAAGAACAAGUUAGACUAAGUACAGCCAAUGUUCCUAAUAAGAACAGCUAUCUCGGAGGUGCGAGGAAUUUCAUUAUUCACUAAAUAAUUUUAUAUGAAAAUUGAGAAUUUUUUAUAUUUUCUAGUAGAAAAAUGUUUCCUCCGUCAAGUGACGCAAAAAAACCUCAAAUAUCUCGAAAAAUAAAAAAGCAAUUAGCGGU